CCGCCUCUUCCACAUCAUAGCCUAUCUCAAGAUGGUAUUACAAGCAAAAAGCUCCGAUAUCACCAAGUACACAACUGCUGCUUAUCCUUUAUCCGUGAUGGGCAAACGAAGUCCAUUAGGAAGGCAGUCAAAUGUGAUGAGUCUUAAUGCUAUAAUGAAUCCGGAACCUACCGAAAGUUUACGCACUGAAGUGGUACCAGAGCAAACGCGCGAAACAACUGAGCAUAAAGAACCCAUACUGGCAUCUCAUAUAGGACGCUGUGUAAGGGAACCCUUAAGCCUGCAAAUGGCUAUUGAAGAAAGAGAGCGCAUACCGGGCUUCCACUCCGAGAACCUGCGAAUCUAUCAUGGCUACCGAAAAGGUGUUUAUAUGCUUCCUUGCGAUGAACAAGAGCAGGAUCGGCUUGACUUUCUUCAUAAGGCUCUAUCACUAGCAAUGAGAUCCGAUGUGCAGAUUCAUGUCCCUUAUCCUGUCAAUGGCAAAGUCCUAGAUCUCGGAUGUGGAACAGGACUGUGGGCUAUUAAUCUGGCGGAGAGAAAUCCUGGUGCUUUCGUCGUGGGCGUGGAUCUCUCCCCCAUUCAACCAUCGACUUAUCCAUGGAAUUGCCAGUUCUAUGCUCCUUUCGACUUCGAGAGUUCCUGGAAUUUGGGAGAGGAGUGUUGGGAUAUGAUACAUCUUCGAAUGGGCUGUGGAAGUGUUGUCAACUGGCACAGUCUCUACCGUAAAGUGCUUGCCCAUCUUCGCUGUGGUGCAUGGUUCGAGCAGGUAGAGAUUGAUUUUGAACCUCGUUGUGUUGACCGCGAACAAAGAUGGUCAGCCCUGCAUUAUUGGUAUCAGACCCUGCAGAUGGCCACAGAAAAUAGCAUGCGACCCCUUGCUCAUCGAUACAAAGAAACAUUAUAUCAACUGCAGGAAGCUGGCUUUACCGAGAUUAAUCAUCACCAGAUCAGAUUACCUCUCAGCCCAUGGCAUGAGGAUAGUCAUGAGCAGCUUGUUGGUCGUUGGUAUGGCUUGGCAUUUUCAGAGAGCAUUGAGCCACUUAGUCUUGCCUCUUUCAGUCGUGUUCUCGGUUGGCCACUCGACAAAAUUCGCCAGCUCAACUUGAGCGCAAAGUCUGAAGCACUUAGUGGCAGGUCACAAGGAUUUCAUAUCUUGAACAUAUACCAGGCACGGAGGCCUACUAUCUAACAGGCUAAAAAUGGUAUAUGAUUAAACUCUUGUUCCUUGAGAGAAAGUCCUGCAGCUCUGAAC